AUGGCAAGUACCAGUUCAGCCGAAGGUGCACGCCAGAAUUCCCCUGACAAGGACAAGGUGGUCACUGUCCUGAGCAUCGACGGCGGCGGUGUCAGAGGGAUCAUCCCUGCCACCAUCCUCGCCUUCCUUGAAGAGGAGCUGAAAAAACUUGACGGGCCGGAUGUUAGGAUCGCAGACUACUUUGACGUGGUCGCUGGCACAAGCACCGGAGGCCUCCUAACGGUGAUGCUCACAGCUCCAGACAAGAAUGGACGGCCCCUGUUCGAUGCCAAUGAUUUGGCCAAGUUCUACAUCGACGAGUCGCCCAAAAUAUUCCCACAGAAGAACUCGAUCUUCUCCAAGAUUGCCACAGCUUUGAAGAUGGCUACCGGGCCCAAGUACAACGGCAAGUACCUCCAUUCGCUGCUCCGUCAGUACCUUGGUGAAACGAGGUUGGACGGGACGCUAACGAAUGUGGUCAUCCCAACCUUCGAUAUCGCAUACCUGCAACCGACGAUUUUCUCGACCUUUCAGUUGAAGCAACAUCCUGCAAGAAAUGCGCUCCUAUCGGACAUCACGAUCAGCACCUCCGCCGCACCGACGUUCUUCCCUGCUCACUACUUCGAAACCAAAGACGACAAAGGCGACACGAGGUCCUUCAACCUCGUCGACGGCGGCCUCGCUGCCAACAACCCUACGCUAUGCGCCAUGAGCCAAGUGUCCCAGGACAUCAUCCUGGGGAACGGCGAGUUCUUCCCGGAGAGCCCGGUGGACUACGGGAAGUUCAUAGUCAUAUCCCUCGGCUGUGGGUUGAACCCGAGCGAGAAGUACAGCGCCAAGGAUGCCGCCAAGUGGGGGAUCUUGAACUGGAUCGUCAAGGACGGGACCGCCCCCAUCGUCGACAUGUUCAACGCAGCUAGUGCCGACAUGGUGGACAUCCACCUCUCCGUCCUCUUCACUGCCCUGCGCUCCACCAAGCGCUACCUGCGCAUCCAGUAUGAUCAACUGAGCGGAAGUGCGGGCUCCAUUGACGACUGCUCUAAAGCAAACUUGGAUAGGCUGGUGGAGAUCGGGAAUGAGCUCCUCAGGAGCAACGUAUCCCGGGUGGACCUGGAGACGGGCCGGAAUGUGGAGAUGCCCGGCGAGGGCACCAACUCGGAGCAGCUCACCAAGUUCGCAAAGCAGCUCUCCGCUGAGCGAAGCCGGCGCAAGAAGGUGCUUCAAAUUAACUAAGCCUUGCUUACCCCAUAUUGCGCAAGAACGUGCUUCAAGAAUGCUCUCAGUGUGUUGAAUUCUGUUCCUUUGGUGUAGCUGUUCCAUUCUGCUUUGUUCAUGUCAUAAUCGUAGUGCUGUAAUCUUGUG